AUGUUUGGAGGCUUGGAACUCAAAGGAACGGAUUCCAAAGACAGCAGUGAUGUUGCAUCGUCUUCCGCUGCUCCCGCCCCAGCGCCCGCUGCUUCUAGUGGAUUUGGAUUCAUGAAUCCUGCAGCUUCUGCUAUGGAGGAAUCUGCCCCAGCUGCAGUUCAAGCACCACCGGCACCUUCCAGUGCGUUUUCCUUUCUAAAUCCCGAACCAAUAGCUGCUCCUGAAUCAACUCCUGCACCGGCACCUGAACCAGCUCCAGCAGCCUCUUCAGGGUUUGAUUUCUUGAUGAGUACUACCGCAACAACGCCUGCUCCAGCACCGGAAAAAAUAGCAGCACCAGAACCAGCUUCUGGAGCGGAUUCAGAUUCAGCAUCAGCCUUUAGCUUUUUAAUGUCCACGACGGCGACGGAUGCACCAGCACAAGCUCCGGAACCAGCUCCUGCAGCGUCAUCAUCUGGAUUCGAUUUCUUGAUGAGCACUACAGCGACAGCUCCUGCCCCGUCACCUGAACCUACACCAGUGGAAACGGAAGAGGCUCCUCCAGCACCAUUGGAUUUUGGAUCUAGCACGCCAACCGUCAGCACUAGUAGUUUUGGUUCAGCACCAUCAGCAGCAGCAGAACCAGCCCCAUCAUUGAUGGAUAUGAGUUCGCCGCCACCGGCAGCAUCAGGGUCGACAUCAUCUGCGUUGCCAGCCGGUGCCGGUAUUAGCUUUGGAGUGGCAGCCAAACGUGGUGGCGUCAAGAAGAAAAAGACACGAGCCGCUCGUGUCGGCAUGGGAUCGGCAGCCGUCACACCCAGUAGUCCGCCCAAACGGCCACAACCAGCACCAACUCCUGCUCCUGCAACACUCGAGCGGCAGAAUUCGGCCCGAGACGAAGCCGAAGAAGCGGCCAAACGUGCCGAAGAGUUCAUGUCCCAAAAGGCAGUCGAAGCCGCUCAAGAAGCACCACCUGAAAUUACCACAGCCCCGUCCACAGAUUCUGUUUUGCAAGCAGCUGAAAAGGCUGCCAAAGAAGCCAAAGUCUUGUCCAGACAACAGCAAUCCCAACAAAAACAAAAGGGAGGUUUCAUGGGCACCUUUUUCAAGGGUUUUGGUGGAAACAACCAACAGCAUCCACCACCACAGCCAGUCAAGCGAGGCUCGUCGCGUGGGUCUGCGUCUUCACAAAAGUCUACUGCGAGUGUGGAUCGAUUGGCCAACAAACAAAAGGAUAUGAAACGGGCCAUGGCAGAACGGGAAAUCCAACUCCAAAAGCAAUCAUCGCAACAACAACUACAACAAUCCAAGCCAGAGGACGAGCCAACGCCAAUGCAAGACGCGGAGGAUGACGCAGAGGAGGAACAGGAGGAAGAGGUUGUGGUAUCGACCAGAGUUCCUAGCUACUCACCAGAGCCUCCUACUACUGCGGAUACUAGUAGUAGUAGUCGUAAUCCAAUAUCGUCGCACUUUGAACCGGUCAAACCACCCACCAUUGUGGUUCAAGAAUUCAAGCCUGCGGCAGUGCCUCGCAAAACGAGGAGUGCAGAAGAAACGUUUGAAGAAUACCAAGCACUCUUUGCUCAAUCUGUUCACAAGGCCAUGGGACAAGUGGGUAAUGUUCGUAGUACCCAAAAAAUGCUUCUAGAGGAACGUCAUUUGGCCAUGGCCAAGCUUAAUUUGAGCGAACAACAAAUCAAACAAGUCGAAACUCAAUUGCAAGUGGCCGUCGAUCAGGAGGAUUACGAAUUGGCGGAUCAAUUGGGACAAGUGGCAGAUGCUCACAAGCGGGAAAAGGAAGAAGUCUCCAUGAUGUUGGAUGCCAAUGUUAAGGCCUUGGAACAUUUGGAUUCUCAAAAGCACUUGGUGGUCCAGGGGGUGGCUACUUGCUUUUCCAAUUUGGCUUUGAGGUUGACAGAACUAAAAGAAAAGGAAUCGUCCAAGGAUCAUCAUUCCAACGAUUCGGACACUUUUCGGCAAUUUGAAGCCAUUUCCAAACAGUUGUCUGUUGAAAAAGAUAGACUGCAACAGGAUGCUAAACAUUUGGAACGAGAUGAACAGUUGCUGGCAGAAGAACGCAAGGAUUUGGAGGCGGCCAUUUCCGAACAAUCCGGUGUCUUGGAAGAGCAACGUGACGACGUCAAGGAAAAGUUGGUAGGGGUGGAAGCGGAAAUUGAAGAGCUCCGAAAACAAUUGGAAAUAAAACAAAAGAUUGCGGCGGGACUUCGAACAGAAAUGCACGGAUUUGAAGAUUCCAUUGAUAGGGUCCGCGUCAAGUUUUCACGACAAUUGAACAGGGUCGACAAGAAGGAACGGGCCUUACAAGAGAACCGCAAUGAAUUUGAAGCGGAAGAACAAGCCUUUGAACGGCAGAAGACAGCCCACGAAAUGCAAGUCCAAUCGCAUUCGGAAGCCAUGGUGGCUCAUGACAGUUUGAUGAAACAAUUGGAAUCCGAAUUGAAGUUUACCAAGGAAUUUGCCGAAAUGAUUCCAGACAAGGUAGGCUUCCUGGAAGAAUCCCCCAAGGGCGAAACGUCGGAGGACGACGACGGUGGCGACUUGGCGUCAUUGCAAGCCGAUGUGGUCAAGUGUGAGGCUGCUGCUAGCGAGGCCAAGAUUAUUUUGAAGGCGGCCAAUGCCACCAUUGCCAAUCUUGAGUCGGAACUUGCCUUGCUAGCUGCCAAGAUUCCGCAAUUGGAGGCCACCAAGAAGAGAGCGGCAGCCUCCCGUGAUUUUAAGGCAGCCAGCAAGGCGUCGAAGGAGAUCAAGGACGCCACGGGUCGAAUGAAGGAUUGUCAAGAAGAAUUAUUGGGCGACGCAGCUAAUCGCAAGACUACGGCCGAAGAAGAGGCAGUGAGAUUGAAUGCUGAAUUGGAAAAGACACGCAAGAUUGCCGAAGAAAAAGAAAAGGUUUCAGCCCAAACCAAAAUGGAGGUUUUGGCGAAAAAGAUUGAACAACUCAAAGCGGUUCAGUCGAAAAUGUGUGGGGAAACGACGUCGUCAGAAAACAGUGUUCGUGGUGUGGGUGCCCUUGUAUUGGAGGGUCAGAUCAAUUCGCUGAAAGCAGAGGGAGAGUCACUAGGACAAAAAUAUGGCGGCUGGAGGAUACUGAUUGGAGAAGGGGAAGAAGAUGUAGUAGAUACCGAUGUUGAAGUUCCAGAGGAAGGUGAUACGGAGGCUAAACCAGCUGUGGACGAUGGCCUCACAAGUCGUGAACGCAUACUGAAGGUUCGCGAACUCUUGGAACGCAUAUCUGACGCCGAAGUGUCCUUGGAAGCUGCCGCAGCGCGGGAAGACUUUGACGAGGCUGCUGUCUUGCACGAUGUUUUCCAGAAUUUGCAAUCUGAAUUGGAGAAGAUUGAUUUGACGGAGGAGGAAAUGGAAAUCGCCAUGGGGGGUGGUGAGCUCCCUCCGGAAGAAGAAAAGCCAAGCGAAGAAGAACCAGCCGAGGAAGAAGCGGCUACAGAAGAAGGCGAAACCGAAGCUACAGAGCCAGCUGCGGAGGAAAUAGCUACAGAAGAAGGCGAAGACCAAGCUUCAGAGACACCUGUCAAUGAUGAAGCUGAUGUUGAAGAAAAGAAAGAUGAAGAGGCACCGGAAGAGGACGAUGGCAAUACUGUCGAAGUAGAGGCAGAUGCCAAGGAACAAGAACCAGACUUGGCAGAAGAAGCAAGAAGUGAAGUGGGGAAUACAGGCUCCAUGGACGAAGAAGUGUUGCAGGACGACGAGGAAAACAUGGACAAAACCCCAGUGUUGCAGGAUGAAGAGGCAACACUGGAUGCAUAA